AACUGCUGUAAACUUAACGGGGAAACUGGAGUUACCUUUUGUGACAGCUAAAAGGCUAUCCUCACGAAGAUAAGGGUAACACCACAACCACAGGUUCCCGCCACUACCUAAGCCAGUCUCAACUGCCAUUAACGCCCCCUUGAGACAUAGCAAAGAAGGAACCAGAAAAUGCUUCUACGUGGCACAAUUUCUAAUCCUUUACCCUCUCUCCACCUCAAAACUCCCCUUCGGCUCCGCAGCUACGCCCCCACCGCCACCACCAUUACUAACAAAUGCUCCAUCUCCGACGAGGACCUGGAGUCCCGAGGCUUCCUCCUCCGUCGCACCAUCUCCAACCUUAAUCUCGACCACCUCAACUCUGUAUUCGUGGCAGUCGGGUUCCCCAAGCGUGACCCGGAGAAGAUCAAACUGGCGUUGGAGAACACGAACUCGCUCCUCUGGGUGGAGCACAAGAAAACACAGAAGCCAGUUGCAUUUGCUAGAGCUACAGGGGACAAUGUUUUCAAUGCCAUCAUCUGGGACGUGGUGGUGGAUCCUUCGUACCAGGGGAUUGGAUUAGGGAAGGCUGUGAUGGAGAGACUUGUACAGGAGCUGUUAAAGAAGGGGAUUGUGAACAUUGCUUUGUAUUCAGAGCCCCGGGUUCUUGGCUUUUAUAGACCCUUGGGUUUUGUGGCUGAUCCGGAUGGGAUCCGAGGGAUGGUGUAUUCCAGAAAACAGAAAAAAAGAAAGUAACAUUUGAUUCUUGAGUUUUUUACCUAAUCAUUCUGUUAUUUAGUGCUACAAAUUGACACAUUGGUUUAUAAAUUAAAUAUAUAGCAGGCUGAAAAGAACAAGUUUGCAUUGUAUCCUCUAUAUUAAUCAGAACAAAGUAAGAACAUCUCUCUUUUUUGACUGUA